UUCGUAUGUUCGCGGUAAAUCUCGACGCGCGGUCGAGAUAAAAAUGGGAAACGUCGAAGAAGUUUGAGUGAAUUUCGAGAAAGCACGCUCGAUAAAGCAACGGCAGCUGGAGAGUACGAUGAUCAGCGAAAAUGAGGAGGGAACGUUCCCGAUCGCCUGACCUCUUUAAAUAAAAAUUAAUAAGCCAUGUAAGUUCUGCCACUGACAACUGAUAUGACAUGAUCAUGGCGGAGUCCACGAAGAAGACAGAGGAUGAUAAAGUCAAGUGCAAGAUUGUGAUCGUCGGGGCCGGGAUGGCCGGACUGUCGGCCGCGAAUCACUUGCUGAAAAACCACGAGACCGACUUUUUGAUCGUCGAGGCACGGGGUCGGAUCGGUGGCCGUAUAGUCGCCACCAAAAUCGGCAACGAGAAGGUAGAGUUGGGAGCAAACUGGAUUCACGGAGUCUUAGGGAACCCAAUGUUCGAGUUGGCUAUGGCAAACGGAUUGAUAGACAUAAUACGCGUACCAAGGCCUCAUAAAGUAGUAGCCGCUAUGGAAGAUGGGAAACAAUUGCCUUUUCCAAUUCUCCAAGAAAUCUACGAAGCUUAUGUGUGUUUUUUAAGAAGAUGCGAAGAAUAUUUCCUAAGUACUUAUAGUCCCCCGGAUGGGAUAAACAGCGUUGGGGCUCACGUGGCACUGGAGGCCGAGAUCUACCUAUCGGCCUUGCCACCAGAAGAGAGAAAAAUUAGACAGUUGAUGUUUGACUGUUUACUCAAACGAGAAACCUGCAUUACUGGCUGUGAUAGCAUGGAAGAUGUUGACUUGUUGGAAAUGGGUUCCUACGCAGAACUCCAAGGUGGGAAUAUUAGUCUUCCGGAUGGAUACAGUGCUAUAUUAGAACCAGUUUCAAAACACAUACCAAAGAGCAGUAUUCUGACUAAACACGCUGUGGCCAAAAUUAGGUGGCAAAGAAGUAAAUGUGCGGACAAUGAAAAUUCUAAUAAUCACUCUAACACGAACCCAUCUGUCGUAGUACAAUGUGAAAAUGGAAAAACUAUAGUAGCCGAACAUGUGAUUUGUACAUUGCCAUUAGGAGUACUUAAGGGGAAAGCGAACGACAUAUUCGAACCACCUUUACCAAACGACAAACUCGAAGCCAUAGAUAGACUCUUAUUUGGUGCUGUAGAUAAGAUAUUUUUAGAGUACGAGAGGCCGUUUUUGCAUCCUAGUGUGUCGGAAGUAAUGCUUUUGUGGGACGACAGGGGACUGUCGGAGGAUGAGAAGCAGGACAUCAAUAAAACGUGGUUCAGAAAGAUCUAUUCUUUUACAAAGAUCACGGAGACUCUGUUACUUGGCUGGAUAUCGGGGAAGGCUGCCGAGUAUAUGGAGAAAUUAAGCUCGGCGGAAGUGGCGGAAGUAUGCACGUCGAUACUGAGGAGAUUUCUCAACGACCCGUUUGUGCCAGCACCAAAAAAUUGUUUGCGCACCUCGUGGCAUUCGCAGCCGUACACGCGUGGUUCCUACACCGCUAUGGCUGUCGGUGCAAGUCAAUUAGACAUUAAUUGUUUAGCUGAGCCUAUAGUACAAGAAGACGACCCUUCGAAAAUAGUAAUAGCAUUUGCAGGCGAGCACACACAUUCUUCCUUUUAUAGUACAGUACACGGGGCGUAUUUGACCGGUCGAACCGCUGCCCAGACGCUCUUGGAAUCGAGAAAGAACGAAAAGAACUCGUUGAGUCUGAGUUGCGAAGACACGAGUGAUCUAAGCUCAUGGAUACAAGGGAUUUCCUUGAAUUAAACAUUAAGAAUUAUUCGAAAGGGGAAGCGAGCGGAGAAUUAUUCUCUGUAUCGCAAUUUUCACAUAAUUGAGCACAAUUUAUUGUCGUGGUACGAAGGAUAUUUUACACACUGUCGAAGUCGAUGACAAUUGUGAUUUAUAGAUGUUUAGCGUUAACGCGAGAUCUUGCGAAACUAUUUUAGUUUUGUAAAUAAUAUAGCGAAUUGUUUAUAUUAUGUACAUAACAUAACGCCUGUUUAAGAUUUUAAGACUCGAUGAAUAUGUGUUUUGCGAUUUUAUUUACUGUCACGCUUUUCUUCUCGAACGAUAAAGAAAGGGCUGAUAGUUUGAAAAUCGUGUCACAAAAGGGCAUGCUUCAUUUUACGGGAUCACCUAACGUUAACUGUAAAAAUUUUAUAUAUUUAAUGCCGUCGCGUGCUUUUUAUGCGUAAUAAGAAUUCACACGUCCAUAAUCGCUGAUCAUUGCAUCAAAAAUAACGAAUUGAUUUCUAUUCAUCCGGUGGAUGAAACAAAAUUGAAACAUGAUCUUGAUUUAACGAAGAGGUAAAAUUAAACAUUUGUGUUUGCAUAGAAAAUUUAAUAACUUAUGGCAUAUAUAUAUAUAUAUAUAUAUUAGAAAAAUUAUGGAAGAAUUCCGAAAUUACCAGCCGUUCCAUCGAAUAUAUUCCUUUUUCUACAGUCUUCAUGCGUUAUUAUUUCAAAGUAUUAUACAGUGCAUUUUCGUCUAGUCAUGUUGCGUUAUUUUUAGCAUUAUAGUUUUAAAAUAUGCAACAAUACUACCUUUUAUCUUUUUCUAACGCAAAUAAUGUAUCAGCUUACAAUAAAACUAAUCACUGAUUUACAAUGUAAAUCAAUUCUGCAUAUUCAUUUUGCAAACAAGACAAUAGAAAUAGGUGGUCGUAAAUUAUGUUUAAAAUGUGAUAGAAAUCUUUUUCUUAUAUACUUACAAUAUCGUUUUUUUAUAUACUUACAUUUAAUAUUCUUCUAUGUCUCGUUUUUUUUAAUACGUAUUUCAUAUUUUUAAGAUCCCAAAUAUACAUUUAUUUCUUUGCAAUGCCACUCAACAUUACCUUGUGACAACGCAAAUUGAAAUGUAACUGGUGAAACCAAAAAGUAAAACAAAAAAAAAAAAAUGUUAUACUAUGCACAGAUAGAAUUACAAUUGAAAUAAAUAAUUUUUAGUAAUUAACGAAUUAUUUUAAUAUAAUUAAAAUAAUUUAAUAUAAUUUCUUUCCCUGAAUGAGUCAAAACAGUCGAUGUUAAGAAACUCGCCUAAAAAACCUUUGAUUAGAAAUAAGCAAUACCUUUAUUGUUAUGUUAGUUUGUACAUUUAUUGUACAAAUAAAUAUCGUACAGUAUAUUUUUAAGCAACUAUGGCGAUUACUUAAUUACACAAACACAGGUAUAUAAAUUCUGCUAAUAGAAUCUGAUUACAGGAUGUAACUGUACAUCAAUUCACGACAGAUUACGAUAGAUUACGAUUAUUAGUUUUAAAUCAUGCCUUAAUAUUAAACACGUAUAUUGUAACUUGAUUUCUUUUUUUCUUUUCCUAAAUAAUGACACUGAAGAGCAAUUCAAUUUUUUGCUUGAGUAUUUAUUAAAUCAUGUGGUUAUCCUUCUUUCUUUUAUAUAAAUCUUUCAAUAAGAAGAAUUAGUACGUAUUUAUCAGAUUUCUUAACAAUUAAGAGUCUAAUUGGCGGCCUGUAAAUCCUUGCCCCUACUUUCCUGGUCGCUAGCGCUACCCCCUCCACU